AUGUUGACCAUGCACGCCAACGGCGGCCGCCCUGGGACUGCCGGCGUGCGCGAGCAAGUUGAUAGUGCUGAAACGGAGGACGAUGCCGUUGCAAUCGUGACGGCGGCUUUCGGGGCCAGGCUUGAGACGAUGCUGCAGCUGCUGGUCGGCGUGGUGCACAAGAACAACGGUCUGGAGCGUCCUAUUAUCGACCUGGGCAUCGAUUCGCUGGUGGCGAUCGAGAUCCGGACGUGGUUCCCCAAACAGCUCGACAGGGAGGUGUCUAUCGUCAAGAUCUUGGGCGGCGAAACGGUGUUAAAAAUAUCGGUCACGGCGGCCAAUAAUUUGCUCACGAACCGCAAGGAGUUGCCUCCUGGGGCGGAUGAGCCCAAGGCGUCCAACAAGGGGGUUGAGAAGGCUGCCAACAUCACUGUCGACUCGAAUGCCAUCUCAGCAGAUAGCAGCGGCAACAGCAGCAACAAUAGCAGCGCCGUCGUCGACAAAUCUGGAUCCGAGUUUGAGUCGCCCAAGGAGACGGCCUCCUCUUCAGACGAUGGCGGGGAUGAAGCCGGGAAUACGACUCAAGACGCAAAAGACAUAGUACCCGAGCCUUUCAUAAUCAGAGAGGCCCCAAUAUCGGUCGCGCAGUCGCGCUUCUGGUUCGUGCACAAGCACUCGGACAAUCCGGCGGCCUGCAAUAAUGCCUUUUACUACCGACUGCAGGGCCGCGUCAACUCUGCUCGGCUCCAGUACGCUCUCCGCUUGGUAGCGGCCACCACGAGUGCCUCCGUACAUGUUACUACCCCCGCCUCGAAAACGGCCAUCCGAUGCAGGGCGUUUCGGCACCGUCCGAGUCGGCAAUCCGCCUUACUUUUAUUAUAA